AUGUCCAGCAAAGCAUCAUUGCCACUACUGAUCUGGAUUUUACAUGCGACAGUUUUCAUUUUUAUGAAUGAACAAGCAGCUGCAGCCAAUCCUUGCCUGGCUGAUGACUAUCAAAAAACUACGCUGAAGCUGGUCGAAGAACAAACAAUAGCUCGUUCUUUCUUUGAUUCAUCUGCAUACAACGAAGUAGAAAAGUCUCCUAACCGCUUCGAAGCAUCCGACAUUGUGCUUAGUCGUGAUGGUCAUGUCAUGUAUGUUGUAUUCGACAACACGUAUCAAAUAGGUGCAAUAUGUACCGCGUUGGGGCGAUCAUUCAACUGUACUGAUCAAUUACUAGAUUGGCCUGAUUCAUCGUUAAACAGAAAGAAGUCAGGCUUUGAAGGAAUGACUUAUAAUCCUACGAAUGGCAACCAUUUCGUUAUACAAGAAUCCAUAGAAACAGAUGUCAAGAAAGUGUUCAAAGCAAACGUUUUUGAAAUUCAUAUUAAUACAAAAGCUUCAUCGCCUGUUCGUAUAGUCGAGUCUUGUAUGGUGAAUUGGGAAUUUGGAUCUGAAAAUAAGGGUUUUGAGGGUCUUGAAUUUGCUUUUCAUCGAAGUUCCGGUAAAGCAUAUCUGCUUGGAUUAUGUGAAGCUAACAAAUGCGAUCACAAAUCGACUUCUAUUAAUGACGGACGUAUCGUGGUUCUAGAAAAGCAAAAAGCGACUACUAAAAAAUCGUGCUCUUGGGAACCUGUGAGUACGUUUGAUUUGCCAUCAUCUGUUCAUUUUAAUGACUAUUCGGCUAUAUCUAUUUACCAUCAAGAAUCAUAUGAAUUGCCAACGUAUGUAGCUGUGACAAGCCAAGAAAAUAGUCAAUUGUGGAUUGGUCUCAUUGAAGAAUUAGAUCAAGCACCUUUCUUUGAUGCAUCUUCACUGCAUAAGACAACGGUGUACGAUCUACCGCGUGCUACUCAAAUAGGAUCCAAUUGCCAAGUUAAAUAUUGCAAUAUUGAAGGAGUGGCUUGGCGAGGCAAAAAUCAGCUCAUUCUUGUUUCAGACAAGGCUAAAAGUGAUCAACAUAUUGAUUGCAUUGAAAAAGAUCAAAGUGUUCAUUAUCUUUCAUUACCAGAACAUUUGACUGAUUAA